GAACAACGCAGCUUGUGGCUCAUUGGCGCUCGUUCAAUGGUCGAGUCGAUCUCUUUCCAUCAUUCUGUUACCAAUAAUCUCAUACCUAUCUCCCCACACGAGUGGAAUUUUGGUACUUAGCGUUGACUUUUGUUAGCGCAGAGCCUCAAGCUUUGAAAGCGAUGCAUUCCAGAUCGCUGCAGAUAUAAUAAUGAAUCACACAGGCCAGCAGUUCUCUUCGUAUUUUUUUUUAGCUCACAACUUCUUCCUUUAGCAUACUUUUCCUGAUACAGGCCUAUAUUGUUUCGCACAAUCAAACAAUACCUAAUGUCAAUACUCGACCCAACCUUACAACUGUGACAAGAAAAAAAGUUCAUCUAUCUACACAUCAGGUGUCAUCAUUCGUGUGGCACACCUCAUUGGCCAUGGGCUCCCAACCACAACCCAGUAUUGACCUCUCCUCGAUCGAUAUCCCACCACCAACAACCCUUGAGCAAAUUCGAACCUCUAAGCUCCGGCCAUUCGGUCCUGUCCUCAGUGGCAUUGACAAGCAACUACGCUCUGGAAAACUCUACGUUUCCCCCCUUGGUCUCUCCGAAGACGAGCAUGACUUGACCUUCCAUGGUGGUCCUGACAAGGCUAUCCACCAGUACUGCUCGUCAAACUACUCCUUCUGGCAUUCUCUCUACCCUUCUCCAGAAAUCCUUGCAAAGUUUGUCCCGGGAGGCUUUGGCGAGAACUUUGUAGCGGACGGUCUGAACGAAAGUAAUGUCUGCAUCGGUGACCUCGUAAGAAUUGGACCUGCCGGGUCCACUCUCACGGGUGGAGCGAAUGGCUGUCUUCUAGAAGUCAGUCUACCACGACAACCAUGCUUCAAGCUGAACCAACGGUUUGGCAUCAAGAAUUUUGCUCCGCGUACUCAUCAAGAGGCUAAGACGGGGUGGUACUAUCGCGUGAAGGAGGAGGGGUGGAUACACGAGGGCAUGGAAAUCCGCAUUGUUCGUCGGACCCAGCCAAAAUGGUCGAUCGCUCGAUUGCAUCACUACGUACAUCGUGAUACAAAGGAUGACGCUGUCACUGAGGAGCUUGCUGCGAUCGAGGUGAUAGGGAACGAGUGUAGGAAAGUCUUCAUUAAGAGACUAAGGAAAAUCCAAUCCAAGAACGCGAGGCGGUCGGAAGCGUGGGUGCCUUUCACAGUCAAAAGUAAAAGCCUUGAGACACCACGGAUAGUGCGACUUGAGCUGGAACGAGUGCGAAAAUCUGAAUCACCUGAAAAAAUCGACGCUGGAAGCCACGCUUAUAUCAAACUUCCUAAUGGACUUAGGCGUGCGUACUCGGUCGUCCGCGGGAACACAGAUUGUUUUGUCCUUGGAGUGGCCCGAGAUGACAGCAGCCGAGGAGGAUCAACGUAUAUUCACGACAAGCUCACUCUUGGGGAUACUAUAGGUUUAGCAUCGAUCGGUGCCGGCAUGAGUAGAGAUCAGAUGGCGUCGAACCACAUCUUCAUUGCAGGAGGCAUUGGAAUCACAGCCUUUCUCGCUAUGAUGGAACGUCUCAGCAACAUCAACCAGACCUUCCACCUUCAUUAUGCGGUCAGAGAGGCAAGCGAGGUUGCAUUUACCGAUUUGCUGUCACGCUUCAGUGCUGAUGUUACCAUCUACGACAAGUCAAAAGGACAGCGCAUGAACAUCCCCGACAUCUUAACGAAUAGAGUUUGGAACAGCCAUGUAUAUAUCUGCGGUCCACAGCGUAUGAUUGAUGGCACUGUCGAGGCAGCCUCCGCUGCAGGUAUGACUUCAGACGAGAUACACUACGAGGUCUUCGAAGGCGCCGACACGACAGGAGACCCCUUUACCGUAGACGUCCUCUCAAAUGAAACGAAGGGGCCUCUAGAAGUCGAAUCUGAACAAUCGCUCUUGGACGUAAUGCGAGACGCCGGCUUUGAUAUCGGCAGCUCUUGUGGAGUAGGUAACUGCGGAACUUGCAGAGUUCCAGUCAAGAGUGGGAGGGUGCAGCAUAGAGGCACGGCUCUUACGGAGAUCGAACAGAAGACUGAAAUGCUGGCCUGCGUUUCAAGAGGCAUUGGCCAUAUCGUUGUUGGAUUGCCUGAAUAAUACUUCUGGGGUAUAAAUAGACAAGUAGGAUACAUAGAACGGAUCUAAGAUCUUCUUAAUUUGGCUAUAG